AGCUAAAUUCCCUUCAUCACUUCCUGUGUGUUCCAUUCCAUACUUUAUAUUUUGCAGCAUCUGUUUGAGAUUCAAGCUCUGUUGGAGAGGGGGAGGUCGGCAAUGUGGCUGUUUUUGGCAGUGGUGUGCAUAAUCCAACAGACUACAGAGACAGAAGAAUUCCUAAGGAAAAGACACUUGAAUCCUCAAGAAUCUAUGACUCCUAAUGAAAUCAUUCAAUACUGGCGAUACCCUAGUGAAGAGCAUGAAAUCCUGACAGAUGAUGGCUAUUACCUGCUAGUAAACAGAAUUCCAUAUGGAAUACACAGUCCUGGGAAGACAGGUUCUAGGUCAGUUGUGUUACUGGUACAUGGCAUACUGCUUGAGAGUAGAUGCUGGAUUGCCAAUCUUCCCAACAACAGCAUUGGAUUUGUUCUAGCAGAUGCUGGCUAUGAUGUUUGGAUGAUAAAUACUAGAGGGACCACCUGGUCUAGAAGACACCGGAACCUAUCAAUUGAUCAAGAAGAAUUUUGGGAUUUCAGUUUCCACGAAAUUGCGAUAUAUGAUAUUCCAGCAACAAUAAAUUUUAUCCUGCAGAAAACUAAGCAAGAAAAAUUAUAUUUUAUCGGCCACUCUCAGGGUGGAACAUCAGGUUUUAUUGCCUUUUCAGUCCUACCACAUCUUGCUAAGAAAAUCAAGCUCGUCAUGACUUUUGCUCCUGUCUACACAUUGGUGGGCGUCAAUGGACCUGUUCUGACAUUUCUCAUACUACCUGAGGGAUUGAUAACACUUAUGUGGGGGAAGAAAGAAUUUGUCUUUCUUAAUAAUGAAGCGAGAACAUUGACUUCAAAGCUGUGCAGCUAUGCUGUAAUAGACAAGAUUUGUCUACGGAUAAUUUUCCUUACUGUUGGAUGUAACCCAAACAACUUAAAUGUGAGUCGAGCAGAUGUGUAUUUUGGAAUCUUUCCCGAUUUUACUUCUGUAAAAGAUGCAAUCCACUGGGUUCAGGUUUUUCAAUCAAAAGAAUUGAAAUAUUUUGACUAUGGCAGUAAGAACAAAGCUGUCUACAAUAUGACUACUCCUCCAUUCUAUAACAUUGAAGACAUGGUUGUGCCAACAGCUCUGUGGAAUGCUGGGAAUGAUAAGAUGGUAGACAAAAAGGACAUUGAGCUGUUGCUUCCUCGGAUCACUAAUUUAGUUUUUCAUAAGUAUAUUCCUGACUGGCAGCAUUCAGAUUUUAUGUGGGGUAUUGAUGCUCCAACAUGUCUGUUCCCUGAUGUGCUUUAUCUGAUGCAGAAGUAUAAAUAAAAGCUUACUAUGGGAGUCAUUAGCUUACAUAUAUGCCAUAUUAAUGUUAAUGAUUUAAAAAAUAAAAUCAGAUGCUUUGGGUCUAUGACUUGAA